AUGGCCGCAGAAGCCAUCACCGCAGCACACGAGACAACGUCAGGAACCCCAGACAUCGAAGCCCUCUCCCCCCUCGAACGCAGCACAACCACACGCUCCACCUUCAAAAAGCCGACCUCUCUCCCACGCGAAAUCCUCUUCGUCUCCCUCCUCUGCACCUCGCAGCUCCUCACCCAAGCCGGCCUCUCCCAAUCUAUCGCCGCCCUCCACAUCAUCUCUCGCACCUUCGGCAAUCCGAGCGCCGGUCAGCAAUCCUGGUUCACAGCCGCCUACUCGCUGACCGUCGGCAUCUUCAUCCUCAUCGCCGGCCGCAUCGGCGACGUCUUCGCGGCGCACAAGCGCGUCUUCGUCUGCGGCUACGCGUGGUUCGGCGCGUGGUCGCUGGUGUGCGGCUUCGCGGCGCUGGCGCGCAGCCAGGUCAUGUUUGACGUGUGCCGCGCGCUGCAAGGGAUCGGCCCGGCGUUCGUGCUGCCUAACGCCAUCGCCAUCCUCAGCCGCGCGUACGAGCCCGGCAGGCGGCAGGAGAUGGUGUUCGGGCUGUUCGGCGCGACGGCGCCGGGCGGGUUCGUGAUCGGGGCCGUGUUCAGCAGCUUGUUGGCCGAGAGGGCGUGGUGGCCGUGGGGGUUCUGGUGCAUGGCGGUGGUGUGUGCGGCGUUGGCGGUUGCGGGGACGGUGGUGAUUCCGAAGGAGGAGGUGGAAGAGAGUGCGGAGCCUGAGGGGACGAUGGAGAAAUUCGGUAUCUUCGAGCGCCUCGAUAUGGCUGGAACCGUCAUUGGGUUGACCGGACUCAUUCUGUUCAACUUCGCCUGGAACCAGGGCCCGGUCGUUGGGUGGCAAACGCCUUACACCUACAUUAUUCUCAUACUCGGAGUCCUCGUCUUGGCCGUCUUCGCUUUCAUUGAAUCCCGAGCAAGGUUUCCGCUUGUCCCAGUAAGAAAGCUCUCUCGGAACGUCUGGUUCGUCCUCGGGUGCAUCAGUGCUGGCUGGGCAAGCUUCGGAAUCUGGGUCUUCUACUCGUGGCAGUUCAUGGAGCUUCUGAGAGGCAGCAGCCCCCUUCUUGCGAGCGCACAGUUUGUUCCAGUUGCCCUGAGCGGACUUUGUGCGGCUAUUACCACCGGUGCCGUCCUCAGCCGCAUCCCGCCCAGUGUGGUGAUGAUGAUUGCCAUGCUUGCAUUUACAAUCGGAAGCAUUUUGAUUGCGACAGCACCGGUUGGCCAAACUUACUGGGCGCAAACCUUUGUCGGCUUCAUCAUAAUUCCAUGGGGAAUGGACAUGUCCUUUCCAGCGGGUACCAUCAUUAUGAGCAGGACGUUACCCAGAGAAGAGCAAGGACUGGCUGCCUCUCUUUUGAACACCAUCAUCAACUAUUCCAUUUCCAUCGGCCUUGGAUUUGCUGGAACCGUGGAACGUCAGGUGAACGAUGGUGGACAGAAUCUGCUAGCAGGUUACAGGGGCGCCUUCUACCUUGGGAUUGGCCUGAGCUCACUCGGCCUCACUGUAUCAGUUUGUUUUGCCUUUGUCCAGUUCUUCGAGUCUAGGAAACAACGCAGAUAG